AGUGUUUGCAUUGCACAUCUGGUUUAAUUUAGCCUAUCAUCUGGCUGGAAUCUUUCAAUCCUUUCUCUUUCUUUUUGAGAGUACUCACUUGCUCCUAAACGCCUACGUAAGGCAAUAAAUUAAAAUGUUCAUCUUUGAUUGGUUUGCGGGAGUUUUAAGCUUCUUAGGCCUUUAUAGAAAAAGUGCCAAGUUAAUAUUUUUAGGUUUGGAUAAUGCUGGCAAAACAACUUUAUUAGGAAUGUUAAAAGAUGAUCGUAUGACUCAACCUAUACCAACUCUUCAUCCUAGAUUAUGGAAAAAAAGUGGAAAAUUGCUAUUUCUGGGGCUGGAUAAUGCUGGCAAAACCACACUAUUGCAUAUGUUAAAAGAUGACAGAAUGGCCCAGCAUGUUCCUACCUUACACCCUACAUCGGAAGAGUUAGCAAUUGGAAACAUGCGUUUCACAACAUUUGAUCUUGGUGGCCAUCAUCAAGCUAGAAGAGUGUGGAAAGAUUAUUUUCCAGCUGUUGAUGCUAUAGUGUUUUUAAUUGAUGCUUUUGACAGAGAAAGAUUUCCUGAAGCAAAAGUAGAACUUGAUAGUUUAUUAUCUGAUGAGCAAUUAUCAAGUUGCCCUGUCUUGAUUUUGGGAAAUAAAAUUGACAGGCCUGGAGCAGCUAGUGAAGAUGAAAUUCGAGCAUAUUUCUGCCUCCACGGGCAAACGACUGGCAAGGGCAAAAUCCCAAGGUCAGAAAUUCCUGGAAGACCUAUUGAACUUUUUAUGUGUAGUGUACUGAAAAGACAAGGCUAUGGAGAAGGUUUCCGUUGGUUGGCUCAAUAUAUAUAGUUCAAUAAUUAAUAUUCAUUAAAAUUUUCUCUAGAAUGCUGUCGUCAAAUCACAUCAUUUAGAGGCAGUACUGACUUUUUUAAAGAUGUAAAGCUUUAUUGGUGAUUGACAAAUGGAAAAAAAAAGAUCUAAGAAGUUCACAUUGAAUUAGUUCUUAAUUAGAUAUGUUUGAUAAAAAUGUGGGAUCUUCUGAGCAAAAAUAAAAAAUGUACAUCUCCGAAAAAAGACAACUUUCGAAAUAUUUCUAUAUUAAUGCUUGGUUAUUUAAGUUUUUGUAAUAAUUGAAUUUAUAUUAGGAGAUGAUAUUUGCAAAAAAAAUUAUAUGUGUAUUUUUCUGAUGUAAACUUUUUGUUCACCUUUUAAACUUGGAAGUAUUUAUUCUUAUUUAAAAGUGUUCUUUUGGAGAGUUAAAUUCAGUUGUUGACUGGAAAACUAAUUUAUUUUUAUGACUUAUGUAAUAUUGUUUUUGAUUUUUUAUUAUGUUGUUUGUCGUAAUGUCCAUAUAGUGUUAAAUUAUUUUAAAUUUGAAAUUUCUGUCACAUUAUUUUCUAGUAUUAUUGUUUUUUAAUUCAUAUUGGUUAAUAAAUUGACUGUAUUAAUAUUGUUAAAUGAAAAUGAAAUGUUUUUAGUAAUUCAAAUUUGUUAGAUUCAUUGUUGCAUCAUAAUCAAUGUACAAAAUUAAUGAAUUCAUGAUCAGUGUACAAAAAUUGUUAUUUUUUAAAGUUUAAAGUAAAAUUAUUACCUUAUGUUAUAAAUCUGUUGUUAAAUUGUUUGUUGUAAGUAGAAAUUUAUUAAAAAAAUUCUGCCUUUUUUAAUUUUAUUAUUUUUUUAAAAAGCCAUAAUCAUCUUUGAAAUAAGAUUACAUUUAUAUGAGAUAAAAAUACUUAGAAAUAUUAUUGCUGCUUAUGCAUUUCUAAAAUAUUCCCUAUUAAUCUAGAUUAACAAGUGUCUGGCAUCAGAAUAAAAAUCAAAUAACAGUUUAAUUUAUAGCAUACUUUUCAACUACUUUUUAUGGAUAGUUGAUAUUUUAUAUUCAGAACAUAAGAGACAUGACAUUUUCUGCAUGGAGAAUGGUUCCUUUUCUUUUGUCAGUAUUUUUUAAGCAAUUGCAUAUGUUUAUUCUUUGUUGCUUUUAAUGGAAUGCUUUUGAAAAAAAAAUGUAAUAUUUAUUAUAAAUCAAGUGAAAACAUGCAUUAUAUUGUGAAUUCUAAUUUAUCUAUUUCAUUUUUGUUAAAUCUCAAUAAUGCCAAUAAUUAUGCUACUAUGCAAUAAAUCUUUUUGCAUACGCACAUUUUGCACAUUAUCAUGUUGUGACUAUCAACUUUGAAUUAGUUCUUUUGUAUUAAAAAAAUCAAUAACUUCUGCCAUAGUUGAACGACUUAGUGCCAAGGAAGUUCAUUCUGUGGGGUAAAAUGUGUUGUUUCUUUUCAUAAGUGUUUCAUUCUAUAUUAAGGAAAUUGUAAUGAAUUUCUUACCACAAUCUGCUAUGUACAAUUGUGAUAUUUUCAAUUGAAAGAAAGACUGCUCCUUUGUCACCAACAUUAUGGAAACUUUUUGUGAGACUCAAUUUCAUAUUUCUCUGAAUUGUAUUGCAGUGCAAUACCAGCAAUAAAAUAUUUGUAUAAUA